AUGGCGUGUCGCGGCGCCUGCUGCUGCUCCAGCGCGGGUCGCCUCAACGCGGACAACGCGCGGUUCCUCCUGCUGGCGGUGCUGAUCGUGCUCUACAUGCUGUGCGGCGCCGCCGUCUUCUCGGCCAUCGAGCUGCCCACGGAACGGGAGGCUAAGGAGCGCUGGGAGGAGCGCCUGGAGAACUUCACCCGGCGCCACAACCUCAGCCGUGCCGAGCUCCGGCACUUCCUUCGGGAAUACGAGGAGGCGAGCGUGGCCGGCAUCCGCGUCGAUGACAUCCGGCCCCGAUGGGAUUUCACCGGCGCUUUCUACUUCGUGGGCACCGUCGUUUCUACUAUCGGGUUUGGUAUGACCACCCCAGCCACCAUUGGAGGCAAAAUUUUUCUGAUAUUUUACGGCCUUAUAGGAUGUGCAGGGACCAUUUUGUUCUUUAACCUGUUCCUGGAACGCUUGAUCACUGUCAUAGCUUACGUCAUGAAGUCCUGCCACGAGAGACAGCUGAGGAGGAAAGGGGUUCUCCCUCACAACGGCCGCCGGGGCUCGGGGAGCUCGGAGGUGGACAGCCUGGCGGGCUGGAAGCCCUCUGUGUACUAUGUUAUGCUGAUUUUAUGUGUAGCAUCCCUCAUCAUUUCCUGCUGUGCCUCUGCAAUGUACACACCGAUUGAAGGGUGGAGUUACUUUGACUCACUUUACUUCUGCUUUGUGGCCUUCAGCACCAUUGGUUUUGGUGAUCUGGUCAGUAGCCAGAACAUCAGGUAUGAGAGCCAAGGCCUUUACCGCUUUGGCAACUUUGUCUUCAUACUCAUGGGGGUGUGCUGCAUCUAUUCCUUAUUUAAUGUGAUCUCUAUUGUCAUCAAGCAAUCCAUAAACUGGAUAUUAAAGAAGUUCGCCUGCAAGUGCUGCCACAGAUGCCAAAGAAGAUUAUUUCGUUCCCGGAGGAAUGUGGUAAUGCCAGGAAAUGUGCGCAGCCGGAGAAACAUCUCUAUCGAGACUGACGCUGUCAAUGAGAGUGACACCGAUGGACGCCGUCUGUCAGGAGAGAUGAUCUCCAUGAAAGACUUCCUGGCCUCCAAUAAAGUCUCACUGGCCAUCAUGCAGAAACAGCUGUCAGAAACUGCUAAUGGGUAUCCAAGGCAAAUGAGCUCGAACUCGAAGCAAAAUGGGUUCUCUGGUGGGGUUGGAGCCUUAGCAAUUAUGAAUAACAGAUUGGCAGAGACAAGCGUGGAUAGGUAAAAUAGUAACAGUAAUAACAGUGAAACGGUGUGAAUCAUUUCAACAGGUAUUGAAACAACGUGAAUCAAGUGAAAUAGCUAGGGAGAGAGCACGACCAGAGGGUGGGAUGAUGUGAAGAGCAUACCUCCUGAUGGAAGACCUCUUGACUUUUUUGGGGGCUGUCACUUAAUGUUUUUGCAUUGUAGCAGUCCCGACCUUCCUUCUUCCCCAUCAUUCUGCUCCUCACGCAGGUUACUGAGGGGGCAUUUUAAUUUAGCCUUCAGAUAAAAUUUCCAUGUCCUGUUCUUCUCCGUUAUGUGACAUACAGAUUUCAGGAUACGAAAUCUCCAAGUGUGUCUACUGAACACAUUCUUAAUUCAGAGAUUGUUUGGAGCUUUCUGUCUUGCUGUCAUCAUGCCUGCUUGCUGGAAUUUACUUAUCUGAGACCAAAAGAUGAAUCUGACUGUGAUAUUGCAGGUUUAAUUUAAUGGAAAAUAGUAUGGAAGUUGGUGGAUAUAUUCUGGAGCUAUUAAAUGUGAAUGGGGAGAGAAUUUUGCCUUUAGAAUUUAUUUCGUCUUUCCUAUGAGAGGAUACUGUCAAAAGUGAUAGAAUAAAAAUUUAUCCUCCUUUUGUUUUCUUUUCUUCAUUUGCAAAACAUGAUUAUUUUCCAAGGAUACUUUUUCUUCUAGAAUGGAAUCACUGUGGCUGUUUUAAAAAUGUCAAAUUAAAUUGAAAAUUGACAUACUGAUGAGUGGUAUGAAUUAUUCCACAAUAGCAAAGACUUUCCAAAUUUCUGUUUAUAUUUGCCUCAAUUGUGACUGAAGCAUCAGCAUUGUGUAAUGCAACCGGUAGCUGAGUUUACACAACAGGCUUUAGUGUGCAAUUAUAUUGCCAUGCCAGCAUCCAGAGUGUUGUUAUAAAUCACUGUGAUCACAGAAUCGCUUUGGCAGUGUCCUUUUUCUCUUUCGUGUAUCUCUGUCAUUCUUCAUCUCUUUCUCUGGCUUUCAGUGAUAAUAAUGACAGGGUCUUGAUUAGGGAAAUAGAAAAUGUUUGAACUCACAGUUUUUCUCAAUGAAAUGCUCUGAGAGUUCAUUAUGACUAGAAAGGAAAUUUCAAUGAGAAGAAUAAUUACAGUAAGAAGAUCAUGAAAACAGGAAAAAAGUGAUCUUUAAUGACAGUGAAAUUAUCCUUUGUAUUAGGUAGCUAGAGAAAUAAGGGAUUAAAUUAACAUAAAAUCGACCAAGAAUUUAAGGAAGACUGGGCUGAAUUCCUGAUUCACCUUUAAACAUACAACACAUGAAAGCUAAACAGUAUAUGAGAGUGUAAAUAAGCAGAAUUGGUCACAAAGGACCCCAUCCCCUGGAAAGAAUAGUGUAUGAAUUAGGACUAAAUGUUUUCUCACAGCUGGAAAGCCUUUCAGAACGCUGUGAUAUUAGGAAAUUUAGAACAUCAUUUUGUAGUUCUCUCAUACAGAACAAUGCAGAUAACCUCUUCAGUUCAAUUUGUAUUAGGAAUUAAUAUCACAGCCUUUUUCUUCAUUCUGGCCUAGAGUUCUUUUACUUGGGUUUCUAAUAUGGUAGGAUAACAUUUGUAUACUUAUUUUAUCAAUAUCUGAAUUUGAAAAAAAAAGCUUGGAAUCCUUUCAUAUAAUAAGCUAACCCCAGAUAUUCAACAAAUGUACUUAACUAGUGAAAAGAUUGCAAGCUCUUUUUACAUUAUUAAGGAUAAAAAUCUUGAUUUAAAGUCAAAUCCUGCUGUUCUUAAUUACAAGGAAAGCUUCAAGCUGAAGUAAUCCGUCCAAAUUCUGAUAUCUGUCAACUCAUCUGUGCAGCAAUGGAGUAGUCUUAACAGUAUCCCUUCAUAUUUGCAUCCAUGUAAAAUCAGAAUCAGCUUCCAAACCCUAACUUCUGUGAGAAAAGCCGUUUUAUUUAUCUUUGGUGGGGGGGGGGGGGGGGUGUAUUACCAAAAAUUGCCAUUGAGCUAUUUCAGAUGAAAUCAUGGUACCCAAGAUCCAUUAUACUGUUACACUUUUUUUUUUAAAUCCCUUCGUCUCCAUCUCACUGAAUAAAAAUACCUGGCUAUAAAAACA